CACCGCUCAGCACGCCGCACAACACGCAGGGCAGCGCCAUGCCCUCGCUUGCCGCCCGCGCCAACACAAUGCACAUGUCCGGGACAAUCUCGUGAAGACGGCCCAGGCACAAAAAAGAAAUGCGCCUCUUCCUCGUCCGCCACGGCGAAACCGUCGACAACGCCGCAGGCAUCUACGCAGGCACCCGCGACUCGCCGCUGACCGCCCACGGCGCGCUGCAGGCCCGCCGCCUCGGCGCGCACCUCGCGGCCGCCCUCGGCCCGGCCGCCCGGCCGCACGUGUUUGCCUCGGACCUGCGCCGCGCGGCGAUGACCGCCCAGGCGGUGGUGGAUGCACUGGCGCAGGCGCAGGCGCAGGCGCCAACCGCUUUCGGUGAUGCCUUGCCGCCGCUGAGGGUGGCGCAGCUGCGCGAGCUGCGGGAGCGCGAUUUCGGCGGGGCGGAGGGGCGUAGGUUCGGUAGCGCGGGGCUGGGGGAUGCCGGCGCCGAGUCGUGGGAUCAGAUGCGUGUCCGGGCGGAGAGAUUUGUGCGGGUGCAUCUGGUGCCGGUGCUGGAGGCGGAUGGGCAGCGGGAUGGCGCCGCCGUCGUGGUGGUUGCGCACGGGCUGAUUCUCGAUGCCCUCCUGCGGGUGCUGCUGGCGUGGUUUGGCCGCGGCGAGGCGGCCUCGCUGGGGAGGGCGAGGACGACGGUGUGGAGCAAUACCGGGUAUGUGGAGGCUGUGGUUACCGUUAGCCCGCCGGCGCCGGAGCCCGGUGCUGUCUCGGCGGUCGGGAUCGGUGGCGGGGAUGUUGCGGAAGGCGCGACGGCUGUGGCAUCUGGUGAUAGGACGCCGACGCCAGGCCCGAAGCGGCAGCGGCCCCGGAUCAGCUUGUCGGUUGUGGGCGUCAACGUGCUGAAGCACCUCGAGGGCUUGAAGAAGACGCGAGGCGGCAUCGGCAGCGCCCAGUUCGACAAGCGGCAGCGGACGGUCGACUCAUUCUUCGGUCCGGUCGCCAAGAAGACGCGGGUUGACCGGGAGCCUGAAGGGGCUUGAGGUCGCGCGAUCCGGUUUCCGUCGUGAUGCCGCUCCACGUCUCUGAGCACCUAGGCCGCGUCCCGGAUGAUAGUUCUCAGCGCCUUUGACGCAGCUAUGAAGGGAAGUUAUUGGUUGUGGGCGACAUUGGCUUCGUGCACCG